CGGGCCGAGCCGGGAGCCGCAGGAUCUGUCGGACGCCGGGGGCCCUGGGCUGGCGGCCGGGUUCCAGGUGAAGUCGCGCCGCUGACGGGCCGUGCAGCCGGGGGCCAGUCAGCCCUAGACCUCGGCCCGAGUUUACACAUCUGUGAAAUGGAAGCCUGGCCUGGUGAUCGGUGAGGACCUUCCGCUCUGACGUGGGAUCGCCAGAGGGACCUGCGUACAUUGAAGCUGCCAGAGGGAAAGCACAGUCCCUGGGGAAGUAACUGUGUGGCUCUAAUAGUGAAACCUCACGUCUCAUUGCUGGUUUUGUUGCGCGGACACAGAAUCGAAGUGGAAGACUUUUGAGGCCAACCCAAUGGAUUAGGACAUAUUCUCUGAAAAACAUGAAAACUGAAGGAGUGUAUGAACUGAAAUCAUUGAGUCACGGAAUAACCUUGAAACCCAUGGCCCAAAAUGACCCCACCAGUGGAGACUUUCUUCCGUGAAGACGACCGGAUAGGAGGCUGGGAUGAAUAUGCCACUGCAUCAGAUCUCUGCCAUUCCAUCCCAGGAUGCUACCUCUGCUAGAGUCUACAGAAGUAAGACCAAAGAAAAGGAGAGGGAAGAACAGCAUGAGAAGACUUUGGGACAUUCCAUGAGUCAUUCAAGCGACAUUUCUAAGGCAGGGAGUCCUCCGUCAGCGUCAGCUCCGGCUCCCGUGUCUGCCUUCUCCCGCACUUCCGUCACACCGUCCGCCCAGGACAUCUGCAGUUCCAGUGCAGUGUUUUCUGAGUGUUGUCACCACAGUCCUGUGCAGUCUGCUGUUGUCUUGAAAACUCCUCAAUGCCAGAGUUCUCUGACACAAGGUCUCACUGUGACAGUUAUCUGUAAAGACACAGUACAGGCGUCAAAGAGAAAUUCCUUUGGUUCAGAAUGGGUCCAGGGCUUCAAGCCUGGUAAGAAUACCAAAGCCAGAAGAACACUGAAGUUCUCAAAGUCCCUAAAUGAUGUGGGCGAGAAGGCCCAAGAUACUUUGGAAAGUUUUGACUAUGUGGAAAGAACUUGUUCUGAAGGAAAAUUAAUACUCCCUCAAGAUCCACGGCUCAGAAUUAACAGAUUCCAUCAUCAAGAAAAAAGAAUGCUGAUCCGCAGACCUCUUGGCAGUUCCAAGCAUUCUUGUGUUUCGUCCCUUUCUGCCAGUUGUUCAGCUGCCUCAGAGGUGGGAGCUGGCAAGGGAGGUGCGCACAUCCCGCUGUCGGACGAGAAAGGAGAUGGCGAGGCCGUGUCCAGAAGCCGGCGGCUGCUCCGGUACCUGCUCUCUCUCUCACGUGGCUCGAGCACCAGCAGCCUGCACAGGUUCCACGAGCUGGAGAGCUGCGCCGCUCACCUGCGUGCCGCCAAGUCCUCCAGUGGGCCGGCUGGGAGCACCGGCUUCUGCUCCGACGAAAUGGGAGACGACGACGUCUUUGAGGACAGCACGUCCACAAAACCGAAAAGCAGGGUCCUGCGGGCGCCCCUUUGCUCCACAGAAAAGGACAGCGACCUGGAUAGUUCUUCUCCCCUCUCUGAGAAAUGUCCCCCCAUGUCCCCUGUGUCCACAUCAGGGGAUGCCUGCAGGAUCUGUCACUGUGAGGGAGAUGACGAGAGCCCUCUGAUCACGCCCUGCCGCUGCACGGGGAGCCUCCACUUCGUGCACCGGACCUGCCUGCAGCAGUGGAUCAAGAGCUCGGACACGCGCUGCUGCGAGCUCUGCAAGUACGAGUUCGUCAUGGAGACCAAGCUGAAGCCCUUGAGAAAAUGGGAGAAGCUGCAGAUGACAGCCAACGAGCGCAGGAAGAUCAUGUGCUCAGUGACGUUCCAUGUCAUCGCCAUCACCUGCGUGGUCUGGUCCUUGUAUGUGCUCAUCGACCGCACCGCUGAGGAGAUCAAGCAGGGGCAGGCAACAGGAAUCCUAGAGUGGCCCUUUUGGACUAAAUUGGUGGUUGUGGCCGUCGGCUUCACCGGAGGACUUCUUUUUAUGUAUGUUCAGUGCAAAGUAUAUGUGCAAUUAUGGAAGAGACUCAAGGCUUAUAAUAGAGUGAUCUAUGUUCAGAAUUGUCCAGAAACAAGCAAAAAGAAUAUUUUCGAAAAAUCUGCACUAACAGAGCCCAACUUUGAAAAUAAAGAUGGACGUGGAGUCUCUCAUUCCGACACAAACUCUUGUUGCACAGAGCCUGAAGACACUGGAGCAGACAUCAUUCACGUUUGAUUGUCUGGAGGGAGUAGUUUUCCUGGACAUGUGUGAAGAGCUGAAGGAAAUUGUUUACUGCCAAUUGUGUACCUUUCUUAUGUCCUUUAAUAACAUAGACUGGGCAGGUGACUAUUUUUAGUGGCUUCUCUUUUUCUGAACCCUCCUUAGUGAAUCUCCUCGAAAGCCCUUCCAGGAGCCAGGCAUGGCUGGGUCCCCCCUCUGCCAGGCUGCUCUGUGGGAAGAGAAGGUGGAAGACCCCAUGAUGCCUUGAUGGGGAGACGGCUGAGUUGCCACCAUGAUCUUGAGCAGAACGAGAGAAUAAAAUGCCAAACCUGAGGGAAGAGCAGGAGCAAAACCAGCCCUGAUGUGCAGCUUCUUCCAGCUCGCAGCUUCCAGGCCCUGGAGUGGAGUGCUGGGAAAUGUCUAGCCCCGAGGAGGGGAUCCCCUCUGCACGGAGGAGAGCCCGUCUAGGCACAAACUCCUGCCCGCCCUCUUCUGAUGCUGCCGCCUUGGCGCUCUCAAGCAGGCAGUGCCUGGUGCUUUGUGUGUGGUGGCAUGUGAUUCACUGAGCAAACAGCACUUUACUGAAGAGAAUCUUUAUUUUGUGAUACGUGUGUCCAGUGGGAUUGACACUUAAAGAACAUCUCAUUUAGAGAUCUUCCCUUUGUUACCCUUGUUAUCUCUUUUACAUCAUAAUAGAUCUAAAACCCUUUUUGCCUUAUAUAUGCUAAGAAGUGUGACAUUCACUCUUGUGUCCAUAAGACAGACUUGUAACUUUAAAAUGGGACAGACAGAUCUGAGGCUUUUUCGUAACAGAUUUCAUGGGAAUUAAUGGAUGUUAAAUGGCAAUUAGAGCGUAAUUCCUAUGCUUUUGAGCUUGUUUUACGACAAGUCCUUAUUUCAUAAGCCUGCUCUGUACUUUUCUUUUUAGUCAACACUGAGAAAGAAGGGUUUUUGAGAUCUAAACAGAAGGAAAGGAAGUGAAUAAUUACAACAAAAAUGAAUAUUUAAAAAAUAUUCCUUUAUAGACAAAGCUCUCCAGUUGGUGCUGCCAUCUUGGUUGGGGCACGUGUACUGCAGGUGCUCCUAGGCGCUGGCCCACCGUGCAGUUCUGCUCGGGGGAAGGUUCUGUGGAGUCAGCACUGAGGGCCAAGAGGCAAGUGGACUGGCUCUAGGAUGAGGACCAGGUGUGAGCAGCAAACUGCCAGGGUCCCCAGCCACGUACCUGCCCAUCUGUUGCCUUAACUGGACUGAACAGACAGGAUCCUUUAGGGGCCCUUGGCCCCACUCUUGGUCCAUUCUGUCAUCAGGGAUUAUCUCCUGUACCAGUUUCAUAAAACAAACAAAACCAAAAUCACCACCAUCAAAUGGCCUUUAUCCCUUUAAAAAGUCUGCUUAACAUUCUGUUUUUAAAACCCAGUUCCAUAGUACCAGGCAAAUAUGGCCAACUCUGGGAAAGCAGGCCGGGAGGGCCUACCCACAGUGUGAGGAGGGCACAUGCUGUCUGUCCAGGUGACCUUCAUCCGGCUGGCAGAGGGCGGUGAGGUGUCCGGCGGUCCUGCACUCACUGUCUCUGAGCCUUAGGUGUCUUGUCCGUCGUCCUGUUAAAAGGAGCAAACACAAGGUAAUUUGUUUGCCUUUCAGAGUGGAAACCUGUGCUUCGUUUUGAGGUCCAGGAUGAGGCUGAAGGGUCUCUGAGCUCUGGGCGCAUUGGCAUCGCCAGUCCUGGGCUGUGGAGCUGCCCUGCCAUGGCCUUCUCUGGGCGGACAGGCGCUGUCCGGCCACAGCCGGCUCCUGAAAAUAGGUCAGGUCAGCCUGUCCUCUCUCCAGGCCACGUCCAGCCUGUGCCUGUGUUCACUGCGCCCCAAAGUGCAAUUACCCACACCCCUUCUCCUUCUGGGGACACCAGGCAGCCACAGACUGUCCACUCAGGGGAGCUGAAUCCCAGGUCAGCCCUGCCACUGCCUCUUAGGAACUCUGCCCAGGCAAGGCCCCUGGUUUUGUGCACCUGUCCCUGCCACCCUCCAACAGUGGAUGAGUGGUUGAAGACUGGGCUAGGUUUUAAGUGUGAAUCCCCCCACCCAUGGAAUCCCUUCUGCUGAAUUUGAAAAGCACCGAGACUUCCUGUAGAGAGGAAAGUGUGCUGUGGUAGGAAUAGCCGCUGGGCAGCCCACCCGGUGUGGCUGGCACCCCCUCGUGGCAGGGGUGCCUGUAGUGUCACUCCCAUGCCCAACCAGAUUCUCACGUGAAGCCGUCUCCCUUUUCAGAAGGCCUAACACCGUCUCGUCAUCUCUGGCCACUCUGUGGACAGUCCUCCCGCAUCCUCCUUUCCCCUCCUGGCGGGGCACGCAGCUGCCGCCUGGACGUCGCCUUGCUUGCAGGUUCUCCUUCAGCACCUCCGAUCCGUCCUGCCCUCGGGGACUGACUAGUAGCGGAGCGCCAAGCCUGGCAGGGGGUGCUCUGCUGCCAUCUAGUGGGGACACAGUAUCUGGCAGUAUUCCUUUCGUCUGGGUGAACUUGCCAAGUUCUUUUGGGGAGCAAUUUAUUCCCCACUUCUCCCCCACCCCUUAUUUUGCAUUUCGCUUUAGUGGUAGGAUGGCAUUUGGCUGAACCAUAUGGAAACCCAGGAUGAGGUUUCAGGGCCAGGAGGGCUGACGUUUGCGGGCCAGGGAAGGGGAAGCAGACAGGCAGUCUCCUGUGUGUCACCAGUCUCCAUGAGUACCACUUCCAGGUUUCUGACUUCAGCAGGAAAUGGAUUUUUGUGUCCCAAGACUAUUGUGAGACUCUCUCGGAAAGCCUAUAAAAGAUCUCUUUCUCCUCUGGGCUUCUAAUGUCUCUCCCUUUUUUGCUUCAAUCCCCCUUUUCAGUCAUACAGGCCUAGCUUCUGCCUGUUCGUGUGCCCUACCUGGCCACAGGUGUGCAGGCCCCCGGCAGCGGGGCCAGUUUGGGAGCCUCUGGUGGUGCCUGCGUGGCCUGCGGCUGCUUCUGCAGCCCCGGCGUGGCCUGCAGGGCUAGAGGGGGGCUGGGGCCAGCAGGGUGAGCUCCACGGCGCUGUGGACACGGCCGGAUGCAAAUACAUUUGAAAUACUUUCCCUUUUGAAUCUGGUUUGAAAUAUGCAGCUUCCGUCUCUAGCCCAAGGAAAGACCAAAACGUAGGGAAAUAAAAGCAUUUAUCUUUGUUUUGGAAGUAAUUGUUCAAGUCGCGCGCCUGAUCAGGCACAGUUAGAUGCAGUGUUCAUAGAAAGUUGAUUGUUAAUAAAAACCAAAUUUACACUGGCAUGUGUGGUGUAGUUUCUAAAAGGCACUUCACAUUUGCAAUGUUUCUUACCUUGGAGAAUUUCUAGUUAUUGAAUGUCUAGUUUUGUAUUCUUUUGUGUAUGUUCACUGUUUCUCAGUAUUACCACUUGAAUAAUUCUCUGUACAGGGGGUUGUUUGUGCUAUACACUGGGGUGUCUAACUGCAGCAAUAAAGCCUUUCUUUAAAAAA